GUCUUCUGGUUUUUGCAGGGUGCCAGGGUAUGGCUGCAGGAGCAGGACCAGCUGCAGCCAUGCACUGUUGGCUCGUGUGCCGAUGGAAACGUGCUCUUCACCUCGGACUAUGGCACGGUAUUCCGGUACCCCAAGGCCUCCCUUUCCAGAGAAAAGGUCUUGCCAAUGCACCAGACCAGUGUCGAUGGGGUAGAAGACAUGUCCAUGCUGGGAGAUCUGCAUGAAGCUGCCAUCCUGCUUAACCUGCACCAGCGCUACCAACGGGGUAACAUUUACACAAACACUGGUUCCAUCUUGGCAUCAGUAAAUCCCUACAAACCCAUCCCUGGUCUGUACAGUGUGGAUGCCAUAGACCUGUACAGACAGCACCGCCUGGGUGAGCUGCCUCCCCAUAUCUUCGCCACCGCUAACGAGUGCUACUGCUGCUUGUGGAAGCGUCAUGACAGCCAGUGUGUUCUGAUAAGCGGAGAAAGCGGAGCUGGAAAGACUGAGAGCACCAAGUUGCUGCUGAAAUUUCUGUCAGCCAUGAGCCAGACCUCCCUUGGGGCCCCUCCAUCUGAGAAGAGCACUCGCGUGGAAGAAGCCAUCCUGGAAAGCAGGCCACCAGCUGUCUUGCCCUCAGAGGUCCUGUGGGCCACCUUGCAGAUCCUGUGCUGCCCAGGAUACCCAUCCGUGGGAGCAGCACAGGCCAGGAGCGAGGAGGUUUGCUGGGGCGUGCAGCAAG